CGUACAGAGAGACAGGCGGAGAGGUCCUGUCACAGCAAAGCGAUAACACUAGUCUGAACAAAAAAAAUAACAGAUAACGAGCUGCCCCGCUUUUGGUUUGCUGUGACCAGCAAAUCCGGGCUCUGAGCGGCUAAAUAACUAUAACAUCGGAAUAUUGCAAUAUACCAGAGCCAAUCUCACUAAUCAGUCGGUAUGAGCCUAGUUUAAUGUGUUGCCGUGAAGCCUUAACGAUCUCUCUUUCCCUCUCAGACCAAAGAAAAAAGAGACAGCCAAGACACUGUCACCCCAUCCGACAUCAUCAACAAACAAAAACCCCACAAAGAGACGAACCAGCCAACCAACCAGCCAGCCAGCCAGCCACCAUCUUAACAGGCUGCUGAAAGAGACACACACAGAGAAAAGAGGCUAAUGCUUAUUUUGAUCAACAGGCUGUUAAGGUGAUGGUGGACUCUGACAACCGUGACUGAAGACCUAAACCAGAACCAAAAAAAAAAAAAAGUCUGGACAGCAAGAAGUGCAGCUUGCAUACUAUUUUGAACACGGAUCUACAACCCAUUUGAACUCAAAGCUGUAUUGCACAGCUGUUAAGCAUAAGAGGAGCAACGGCCCUGGACCAAAGGUUGCCGAUGCUACAUGGAGUUUAAGACCCUCUUAAACCAAAGUCAAAGAACGGACCUGUGUGGAGUUACAUGGACCUGAUAAAGAAAUGGAGGGAUAUUAGUUUGGACCUGACGGCUGGGUUCUGCUUCCCAUUAUUGUGUGGAGUACGAAGGGCCAGUAGCUGAACUGUUGGCUGCAUGCUGCUGGACGGACCGGCACGCCUUAGGGUCGAAUCGAGCCGCUUCAACAGAGCUGAUGCCAAGGCCAGGAGUCAGCCAUGAUGUUUUUAUAACCUGAUGAUCAGCAGAGAGAUGGUGAGGAAGAAGAAUCCCCCUAUCCGGAGUGUAGGAGGUGAGGAGGAGGAGGAAGAAGAGGGCAGGAAGCCGGCAGGAGAAGAGGAAGAGGAGGGAGAGGAGGAGGGGAGAGUGGGAGCAGAGGCCGAACGAAUAAACCGACCAUCUGAACCCGAAUCUUCCGACCGGAUCAGAGGAGAUGAGAAGCCGGACGAUGAGGAGGAGGAGGAGGAGGAAGAGGGAGAAAGCGAGUGUGUGUCCUCAUCUGUCUCUCCCUCAUCAGUUGGUGAGCGCUACAGCAAUGAGGGGAGAGGGGCGAGGAGAGCAGGAGGGGGGAGAGCCAAACAAGGAGAAGCGGCGUUGACAGACAGACCCGAGAGCCAGUCGGAACCUGAGGAUGGGGAGAAGGGGGCGGAGGAAGGAGAGAGGAGCAAAAGAGACAGAGGGAAGGCCGAUUAUCUCACGGCUCCUCUCCUCUCUGCUCCCUUCCUCCCCCCUAAACAGGAAGGAGGGGAGGAGUCCACAACUGACACCCCACCGCUUUCCUCCAGCCCCUCUCCUAAACUCCAGGACUUCAAGUGCAACGUGUGCGGUUACGGUUACUAUGGCAACGACCCCGCUGACCUGGUCAAGCACUUUAGGAAGUAUCACCUGGGUCUGCACAACCGCACGCGGCAGGAUGCUGCCCUCGACACACACAUCCUGGCACUCCACAACAUGGCUCCCCAACACACUCCUCUAGAUAUACAAGCAGGACAGGGGCAGAGGAACCAAGCCAAAGAGUUGGGGAAAACAAGAUCAGAUAUGCACAUUCAACAGCACAGGACAGUUAUGAUGAAUGGCACAUAUGAUGUACAGGUGAUGCUGGGUAGCACGCUAAUUGGGAUUGGCCGUAAGACCUCUGAUUGCCAGGGGAAUACAAAGUACUUUCGCUGCAAAUUCUGCAACUUCACCUACAUGGGCAGUAACUCCCUAGAACUUGAACAACACUUUGUGUCCUCGCAUCCUAAUAAAGUCAAAACUCCACCAUCCACACCCCUUCUGGCCAACAAUAGCCCGGCAACGCACGACAACCAGGGGAAGGGGAGGAGUCAAAUCCUAGACGGGGCUGAGCGAGUCGCAGUGAGAGCGGAAGACGAUUCCUUGGUUGGUUACUCCAUCCCAGUCAGGGCGUUUUCAGAUUCGUCAAGCUGGACUGGGGAGCUGGGUCGAGAUGCUGUGCAAACAUAUUAUUGGUGUAAAUUCUGUAGCUGGAGUUGUGAGUGGUCAGGGGGCUCGGCCAAGCUUUUACAGCACUAUGAACAAAGACAUAGAAUGAGCACGGGAGGUACUAUGAGCCCCAGCAACUCGAAUCCUGGGGGGAUGGACAGAGAGAGAGAGAGGGAGAGAGGAGGGAGAAGAGAAGGAGAAGAACGAGGCCACAUGACAUCCAAAAGCCGCAAAGAUCUAUCAUCCAACCCAUCCAGCACCAGCCAAGGGGACCCAAACAGCAGUGAUUCAGAAGCAGUUGUGACCAGCUAUAACUGUCAGUUGUGCGAUUUCCGGUACUCAAUGGCCCAUAGUGCAGAUGUGAUCGUAGUAGCACCGUUACUACUACACUACCAGCACAACCACUCCAUCCACCGAUGCUGCAUUCAGCACUGCAUGUAUUGUCCACAGGGGCUCUGUCAGCCACAUAAACACCUGGGGGAGGUGUCUCACCCUUUCGCUUGUCGGAGGUCCACCUGCCCUAAAUGCUGUUCCAAGUUUCCUCCGUCCACCAAGCAGCAGGACACCAUCGGAUCGAAACCUGCUACUGCCACCUCGCCUAGCUUGACCCCUCCUAAUCCUAGAGGGGACCCCGGGGGGAUUUUGGGAUCAACCUUUCGCCCCUAUGACCCUGCCCAUCCUGUUGUCACACAAGGCGUCACCCACUUGUGUGACCAGUGUGCGUUUGCUACCACCGACAUUGACGUGUUGCUCCAGCACUACGAAAGCUGCCACACCCUGGUUAACCUAAAGGGGACAGCGCCACAUGUCAAGGCCGAGGAAGAGGUUGGGGGAGAUAAGGAAGGGGGGAGAGGAAGUGGAGGAGAGAGGGAGUACUCUUGUACAAAGUGUCACUUCAUCACGGAAGUAGAAGAAGAGAUUUUUAGACACUACAGGCGUGUCCACGCGUGUUGCCGUUGUCGACGCUGCGACUUCACAGCUCCUGAUUCGACAGCCCUCCUCGACCAUUUUAACUCGGCCCACUGUCAUGACUCCUCUCCCUCAUUAAGCUCACUGACAACAACCUCCAUACCCACCUCACUGACGCCUUCGUUAACACUCUCAGCCAAUGGCUGCACAGCUCCCUCUACCUUAGCCAUUAAAGAAGAAAGCAAGGGGGAUCUUCGCCUCCUCUACUCCCUUGCACCGCCUGAGGGACUGUUGGCAGAAGGAGGCAGAGAAGAGGCAGGAGGGGUAGUAAAAAGUGAGGGGGGUGAGGAGAAAGAAAGAGAGCGGGAAAAAGGCUGGGUUCUUGGGGAGACAAGAGGACUAGGGGAAAGAGGAGGUGAGCAGGCCCACGGUUUGCUUUGGGUGCCCAAGGAGCGAAUGGGACCUGAACAAGGAGUAGAAAGAGGAGAAGGAGGUGGAAGCCCCUCUCUUUUCUCCUCCCCACUCUCAUUGUCGUUUGUGUCAGCCAAUAUUGAGGCCUUGCAGCAGAAACGAGGCAUAGCUUCGCCAAGCAUGGUUUACCUGGGAGACACCAAGUCGUUUUUGGGAGAUACCAAGCUGUAUGGUGGAGGAAGGCCAGGAGGAGCCUGUGCAGGUGGAGUUGGUGGUGGAGGGGAGAAACAGAGCCAGAUGCCUCAGCAGUACACAGGAGGAGGAGGAGGAGCAGGAGGAGGAGGAGGAGGAGGAGGGGCGAGUGGCGCUGGAGGAGGGCAGGAGAAAGGAGGAGCUGCUAAAGAGGAGUCACAAUCCCUUCUACGGCGGCGCAGAGGCAGUGGGGUCUUCUGUGCAAACUGUCUGACCACCAAGACAUCGUUGUGGAGGAAGAAUGCAAAUGGAGGCUACGUCUGCAACGCUUGUGGUUUAUACCAAAAACUGCAUUCGACACCCAGACCCCUAAACAUCAUAAAGCAGAACAACGGUGAACAAAUCAUCCGCCGCCGAACCCGAAAACGGCUCAACCCUGAUUCACUGUCAACUGAGACCCCCGCCCCAAAACAACGCAUCACCAGCGAGGAGCGCGUCAAUGGCGAGGAGUUGGACAGAAGCUGUUCAACAAUCAAAAACCAGCAGCCUUCCCCUCGCUCACGCUCGCCCCGAUCCACUCAAGCCUUUCUAGCCAAUCAAACAUUGGAGAUCCACCGACGCAUGCCUCCUCUGCUCCUCCCUUCACAUCCCCCCUCCUCACUGGUAGCUGAGGGCAAUGGGGGCAUCGCUGAGGGAGGGGUAAUAUCAAAAGUAGAGGGAGGUAAAGGAGGAGGGGGAUCAGAAAGAGGCAGUCCUAUUGAAAAGUACAUGCGUCCAUCCAAACCGUCUAGUUAUUCGCCUCCUGGUUCGCCCAUUGAAAAGUAUCAGUACCCCCUUUUCUCCUUACCCCUUCCAUUAACCCUCUCACCUGAUUUGACCCCUGAGUCGGAUUGGCUCAGAUUCUGGACCAAGUAUAAGAUGGCAGCUGCCUCUGGGGUUGCUGGUAGCAUCAGUAAUCUAAGCAGCCCUGGUAGCCUUGGAAAUAACGCUCAUUAUCUCGCUGCAAUGGUGGCUCCAGUGCAGCAUCAUCAGCAAAGCUACACCGUGCCUUACUGUGCCUCUCCCUACUCUCCUCUGCCCCCUCCUCCAGCCCCUCCUCACUAUCCUCCUCCUCCUCCUCUUCAUUCCCAAACCUCUUCACCAUCAUUAGAAAACGAUGCUCCUUUGGAUCUCGCAAUAAGACAAAGAGAUACAAGUGCCGCACAUGCACACAUGUCAACAAAUGGUGCAGAGAGGAGAAGGCAAGAGUCGCCACUUGCUGAGAGGUUGAGAGAAAACUGGAAAGGGGAGAAAGAGGAAGAGGAGAGGAUAGAUGGAGGGAACCAUAGGGAGGAGAUAGGAAAGGAGGAAAUGGAUCACUCGACAAGAAGUCGGUCAAGUGUUGCAUCGAAUCCCGCGAUGGUGGAUGUGGCUACGCAGGAUGACCUAACCAAUCGCUGCAUCCACUGUGGGAUCUACUUCCUAGACGAGGUAAUGUAUGCCCUGCACAUGAGUUGCCAUGGUGACCAGGGACCAUACCAAUGCAGUUUUUGCCUCCAUGUGUGUGUGGAUCGCUAUGAUUUCACCACACACAUACAGAGGGGCCUACACAGGUACACAGACAAAACGUCACAAAAGAAAGGUCACGGGCAAGACGGCGUGAUUCAGAACGCCACAGUGAUGUCGGGGCACGAGUGUGAAAAUGUGACACCGGAGGAAAAAGAUGAAGGGGAUCAGAGCGAGAUCACAGACGAUAGCAGUGACGUCAUAGGAGUUAUUCAUGACAGGGAAGCAAAAGAAUCUACAGGCAACGAUGCCACUGACAAUGAAACAGAAGUUGAAAUGGAGGACAGAGGAGAGGGUCAUGACGUAACAAACCAGGAAAUGGGCGAUGACAAGGUGUCAGAUAGUAAUGAUGACAUCACAAAAACCACAGAGGCCACGACUGUUGCUGAAUCUGAAAACGUAGAUGAGAACACAAAGAGUAAUUAAUCUGAUGCCUUUGACUCACACAAACAUUUAAGAGCGUGUGUUAUUGAAUGAAUAAGCUGUCUGCCUCCACGUUCCAGGAGGCUAGCUCAUGUCACAAUGGCCUAUCCUGGCCACUAAAUGGAACACAUCCUUAUGCUGGAAGCACUCGGCUGUCAAAUGGUCAAAAAUCAUCGUAGGAUCCCGCUGAACUGCUGCAGGGACAGUUUGGAGAAAUAGCCUGAAUCCUGUGUUGAGUGACGGUCACUUGACAGCUCUUUUGCAAGUAUUUAACAACGGAGUCCAGGCAUGCAGCUGAAAUCCCCUUUUAAUAAACAGCCACUUCAUGUGCUUUCCAAAUAAGCGGAUUGGAAGCUCGACUGGAAGUUGGACUGGCUUCAUUUUUGAGGAUGAGUUUGAGGAGCUCAGCAAUUGCACAGCCACCACACAGCAUAGCAAAAAAAAAGAAAAUAAGAAAAAUGCCAGAGGCAAAACACUUUAAGUGAACUGAGCUGAUCGGUUAUGCACCAUGCUAAACUGAACCACCAAGCUGGGCCAAACUAGUCUGAAGCAUCAUUCAGACUGUUUUAUCUUGGUACAACCAGAUCUGAUCUGGUGAGAACUGCUUUGUUCUGGUGCAGAGCAUCUUUUUUGACUGUUUUACUGUAGUGCAAAUGGAUCCAAAACCAAAAACUUUUUUUUUGACUUGUUGAAACUGGUCAGAGUUCAACCUCUUUUGUUCUGCGCUGCAGUUACUGGUGUUACCUUGGUACGAAAGGAUCAGUUGAUUUCUUUAAUUAAUGCCAUGUUGUUUCUGAAACUGGCACAAAAGAAAAAAACUGGCUAAAUCCCCACCACUGCUGCAAAGUGGCCCAAAAUUGGAGACUGGUUAGGUUUGAUUUGACAGUGAUUUAUUGAACUGAUUAAAUCCAGUUUCAGCUGGUAAAACCGGAGUAAUUCCGGACCGAAGUGUUCUCUUCAUCCAUUAGGAUCAAACCAAGUGACAUUAUUUUCUACUUUCCUCCGUGCCAUGAUACUAGCUACGUGCCUGGCUGCCUGCCUAAUAGAACAACCAUCUAUUAACCUGCUUAACAUUUAUAUCAAUGAUAAUAAUAAUAAGUAUGAUAUAGUACAAACCAUGCAAUUUGCUAAACUUUCCUAUAUAAUGUUAUUUUGUAAAAGCAAAUAAUGUUUUUUUGCAGGAAAUGGUACUAUAAAAAUUAGUCUAUUUGAGUUCUUAACUUUUUAAGCUAUUUGUUGUUUGUGUUCUCAUGGAGACUUGUUACAUUGAUAACAGCCGUGUAAUAGUAAUGGUACUGCAAGAGAAGGAGGGUUGUGUGUAUGUGUGCAUUUGUGUAAUUGCGUUUGUGUGUGUGCGGAUCAAAGGAUGCAUCCGUCCCCAAACGAUAAUGUAAACAUAAUGAAGGCUUGCGCUCGGUAUUUCAGUCCUCAGGGGUCACACGUGUUGCACACCAACCCACCUGUUUCAUAGCAUGUGACACAUCAUUUUUACAUGUUUAACGGUCUGAUAGUUUUAGCAUGUUACAUUACGUUCUAUUGUAUAUGUUCUUAUCAUGUUUUUUAUGUGUUAAUAGGUCAAAAUGGUCUUAGUAUGUACCUUUUUAUUUUAUGUAUGUCUUUCACAUGUUGUUAGGUUUCGUGGUUUUAUAAAGAGACUUAAUAACUUAGGGAAAUCAACCCUAAAGGUUAUAAUAAGGAUCAAUUAUUUGGGUUAUCUGUACAAACUUUUGCUCUGUAUUGAGAUUACAGAGCUUCUCGCCUACAGUGUUUAAUUCAGUAUUUCUGAGAGUUCGAUAGGUUACCUCUAUGUAGCAUGGUAGCGUCUUAUAAGAUCUAUAAUUUCUAUGGAUGGGAACUGUUAGACCUAAACAAUACUAAAAAUGUUACUUUUUAUAAUUCACUUAAGUAAAAUGAUCAUGUCAACUCCAACUUACUCAUCCUUCUUCUCUGCCAUUCAUUGCUCACUUUUGGGCUCUAAAUCAAUCUCUUAAGUCAAGAAAAAGACCCACCUGGUACCAUAACUGAGUCUUUCUUUAAACCACAUUUUUCUUGUUAGUUUCCGAGAGUUGUGACAGUCAAGUCGGUGAAAGUCCCCCUACUCUUCAGAAUGGAGCAACACAAAGGCCAUCUUGUUUAUUUUUAUGACUAGAAAAUCACUUCUCCUGCCUUGCUGCCUUAGUUGCUAGAAAACAAAAAUCACCAAGAGGAAGAAAGUAAUAAUAGGCAGAAAGAAAAUAAAAGACAGAAAGGAACAAAGAAUAAGAACAAGAUAUUUUUCUAUGCUUAUCCAAAAGACAUGAAUGGAAAAUAUUCCGCCUAGUGCCUGGUAACUUGUACAGUUUUUUUAAUCUGUCUGUGUCAAAUUGUUAUGUAAGUUAUGAGUCAUGUCAGGCAAAUAAUUCCCAUGCAUCAAUAUGACAGUCAUCCAUUAUAAAGGCUUGAUUUCAGCCUAGCUGUCUGGUUGGUCAGACAUCUGUUGGGACACUUGGCAUUUUCAGUCCGUGAGAAAGACCCACAUGUGCUUUUAAAAAAUGAAAUUGGUUGCUAUGCUUACUUUCAAUUACUAGUUUAAACUAUAUUUCAUUUUUUCAUGUAUGUAAACGACUGUAGAAACGUUGACUUAUGCCUCUGUAACCUUUGAAUGAAAGAUGAAAUACCAAGAAGAUGUUCUGUACUGGUUUAUGUGGAGAUGGCAUGCAGUCAUGUCACCAGAGUGCCCAUUUCAUGGUAGAAGUAAAGCUCAUUCUUAGAUCUAAUUAUUCGAAGGAGGAGUUUAGUAUGAAUAUGUUUUAAUAGGUUUUCUAGAGAAUUAAAGGUGCCGUAGGUAAGCCUUAUAAAACUAACUUUCUGUCAUUUGCUUAAACUGACCCUAUUUUGAAGCUGGUAAUUAAAAACAAAAACAAAACAAAAACUACACCCUGUAGUGCAAUUUGCAAAAAUCCACAGCUCCCUGUUCAGAUGCACCAAUCUGGUGGUCAAACUGCAUGUCAAUCACUGCUCAUGCACACGCAUUCAUUCUCCCUUGUGGGGGGAGGGGCUUAGGAGACCGUUUUAUGCUUUAGCAGAAAGGGGGGAGGUACUGAGAAGUCGUCAAUGUUCAAACUUUUUGGCUAAGGCCUGGAUCUUUGCAAUCCUACCUACAGCACCUUUAAGCCAAGACCAUUUGUAUCCAACAGGUCACAUUUCACGUUCUUUUUUAAACCAGCUGUGACCUGAGACUACUUUCUUGCCAAAAUGUUUAAGACACCAAGGCCUUAACACCCAGAAAACCUUUUUAACCAGCACUGUACACAGAACACUGCACACAGUACUGAAUGUCACAAUGAAACGCUAAGAAACCUUUCAAACUGUUGAUGCACAUCUGUCUUCACGGAAACAUCACGGAAGACAUCUCACUGCUGCAGUAUCAAUGCAAAGAAAUCAGUCCCGCACACAUUCACGUGCGACGCCCUUGUGUCCAACACACGUCCCACUCUGGUCUCAUGUAUAAGGAUUUUUUUGUCAUUCGAAGAGUUUGCUGAUGACCUUUUACCACGUAUGGCUCCACUAUUCAUAACACACUGAUGAAGCCAAUUCAAAAAGCAAAAAUAAUUGAUAUGAAUUGUUCUUAUUCUAGGAAUUCUCUUGAGCUAAUGUAUAAAGUUUUCUUAGAAUAUUAAAUUGUUUAUUUUUUUAGUUAUGGGCAUCUCUUAACAAUAAUGGAAACUGUUUACUUUCGCAAAUGUAGCAACAAAAAGGCAAAGGAAUCCAGUACUGCUUUCUUCAAAGACGGAACAAAAAGAAGAAUUGAGUGAUACCUGCUCAGAUGGAUAGAUUGGUGCCUUUGAAGAAUAUGUGGGCAGAAGGUGGAUGAAUAGAGAGAGAAGGGGAUCAAAUGAUGCUUGUGUUGGCUGAUAAAAAGAGGUCUAUGUAUCCAUUCACCCCCAAUCUUCUGUUGUCUCUUGACCUCCCUUCGAUAUCACUUGUGUCUUUUUUCUGUAGUCCAAUUUGACUUCAUCUCUUGAUCUCUCCACUUGAUACUCCUACCCUCUGCCACUCAUCUCUUCUGUAUUCCUCCACUAUCCUGCAUGCCUUUUGUUUAAAGAACUCAUGAAGGUAUUUUCAGCUGGUAGUCAGGUUGAGGUGAUUUUAAUGGGAGUUGUAUGAUUAUGUUGCAUCCAAAAAGGGGAUGUUGACUCAGUUGCCCCAGAACUGACCACCUCAUGUUCACUUUUUUGAGGUUGAAUUUUUUCCCUUCUUAAAUGGACCGUCUGGUUUGUUGAAAGAAAUUGUCACCAGCAUUAAAAUUUCAAAUACUUACAAUACUCCAUGUAAAGUGUGUUGAUUUUCUCAGAUUUAGGUUUUGUUUGCCAAUGGUAUUCCCAUCUGAGAAAAAAAUCAACAAGAACUUUUGGUAAAGAUUUCCAUGGGAUUUCUAGAAAACGGCGGGACAAAGAUGUAAAGAGAGGAACAGGAUGAACUUGUUUUUUUUUUAAUAUGAGUGUACAUCUGAUCUUGACCACAAGGAUUUCUCAGUGGGCUGGAGACAAAUUCUGAUGCCAAACUGUUUUAAUCUUUUAGCUUUUGAAAGAAAAAUCCUUUCCCCGUGUUAAGUGAGUUGAAGUAAAAAGAACACAGCUUUGAUAAUGAAAAACUUUGUUCAUGCACUCUUCCUAUUGUAAGUGCUCUGCAGAACCGUUUCCUCUCCAAAUAUCUUCUUUUGUGUAUUUGCCAGCUUAACAUUAACUACUCUUAUGAGUCAUGUAAGGAUACUGUACCUAAAACAUAAAUAGAUGAUAAUAACUAUAGGAGUUUUAGGGGAACAUUUUAGCUGUCAUUUAUAGUUUAAAAUAGGCAAAAGAAUUGGAUAAGAAAUGAGGUUCUGCAGAACACACAUGACAUGUUUUACUUCAAUAAUGAGUGUCUGUUUAAGGUUUAAUGGCAUUUCACAUCAGCGUUUACAUUGUUGUUCAUUUUUGUCUUUCUCAGAAUGUUUUAUAGAGAAUUAUGCUUUUGCUUGCACUCCAUUUAUUAUGUUCUUAUUGCCAAGGAAGGGACACCAACACACACACACACACACACACACACAAACACACGCAAGGACCCACACCUUCAGUGGUACGGAUCGAGUGUACAUUUUGGGAUGUACAGUAUUAACCAUGGGAGACAAGGGAGCUAAAGGCCAGUUCAUUAUUGGUCAGACACAUAAAUACAUGCAUAGACACACACAUACACACACACACACACACAACUGUGUACAUUUAACCAAUAUAUUUUAGUAGAAUGGCUUUCAUAGAAUUUUUUGAUUUUGUUUUAGGUUAUUUUCUUUCUCAUGUUUUAUUUUAUUCUGCUACAUUUCUGUAUGUUACUGUUUUUAGGUUUUAUUUCAUGCAAGAAUAUUUCAACAUAUUUUAAAAGCCAAGAAAAAGUUUGUUACACAGCUAAACUUGAAGAAUAAUGUUGAUGAUGAUGACGAUGAUAAUAAUUAAUAAAAGUAAUAACAAAUAUACUGAAAA